GACCGAUGGAGCUAUGGUAGAAUCUUUUUGACCUUCGAUACACUCCCGGGUGAGUAUCUACAGGGCGCGAGAAUCGACGACCCCUGUCCCCAGCAUAUAACUGAGCUUCCGGAGGUUGCAGGGUGGGGAGGAGCUGCGAAUUGAACAGCCAGGGCGUUAGGAAGAGGAAGAAGUAGAAGUAGGAGAAGGCGUGGUGGUGUUCUUGCUCGCUUUCGACGGAGGUUUAGCCAGCGGACGAUGUGUUUGUGAUUGGGAGUGAGGUACAGCAGGAGCAGCACAAACUCAAGGCGCGAGAGGAGGAGGAGGCCACGCAGCGAAUUGCCCCUACAUCUCGCUGCGGGCAGGAAUGAGUACCGAUUCCGAGUUCCCCCUUGCGACGCCUGUCGAGGACGUCGCGCCAGAGGUGAUUGGGAAUGGGGUUGGGGAUGGUGAGAAGGAGGCCGCGCAGGCCGUGGAGGGUGCCGAUGGUGGAAAUGGAGAUGAGGGUGGUAGUGUUACGGUUGUGAGCGAGACGACGGUGGUCGAGGAGGUUGUGGUGGCCGCCGGAGAGGACAGCGUAAAAGUAGAUGAGACAGUGUCGGUGACCGAAGCGGUUACUGUGGUGAAGGAAGAAAUGGAGACUGAUGGGAACGGCGAUGGUAGGAAGCGUAUUCGGGAUGAAGAAGAGAGCGACGGGGUGAAGAGGGUGAAGUCGGAGGAUGGAGAGGCGGAUGGGACGGUGGGGGAUGAGAGCAAGCCUGUGGAGGCGAAGAAGCUCGGUCCGAAGGUUUUCGAGACCCCUGUCAAGAUGUUCAGCUAUUUCUACAACUUGCUCCAUGAUUGGCAAUUUAAUGUGAACGUGAACAAGUAUGAGUAUUUGGUUCUCAGUGAGCUCGUCGCUCAAGGCAACCCACAGAAGGUAGGAGAUGGAAUUGCUGCAUUUCAAAUCCGUAACCAUCCUGAGUGGAAGAGCAGAUGCUACUAUCUAAUUCGCAAAGAUGGCUCCGAAGAAGAUUUCAGUUAUCGAAAGUGCGUCGACGCUUUAAUGCCCCUGCCAGCUAAUCUCUACAGGUCAAAUGGUCAGUUAGACCUUGAGAAACUCUUCCCAGGACAGAGGAACCGCCACCGUGGAGAGCAGAGAGAACAGAAUGGGGAUAGCCGCGGAGGUGGUAGAUGGGACAGAGGAGGUAGAGGAGGAGGAGGAGGAGGUCGUGGAUACGGUGGGAGAGGUGGUGGAGGCAGGGGUGGGAGAGGAGGAGGGGGUCGCAGAGGUGGCCGUGGAAGAUGGUAACCACUCAUGUUAUUCAAUAUGUAUGUGCCCUGCAUUCGGUGCGUACUGGCAUGUGCCAAGUGCAUGACUCAAAGAACCUCUUUGCAGCACAUAUUUGGCUCAAUGAGAGAGAGUAGCACAACUUACGAUCGAUCUGCUCUAAAUUUUUGAUGAAUAGUGAACUUUGGCUUGCGCCGUAACCAACACAGAUGCUAUAUUGCCAGAAGUUGUAGUCUCGUGGCUGGAGAUAUGCACUGUUAGAAAAAUACGUGAAAGGUUGCAGGUGUCGUGUCUAUUUUGCGCAUCUGCACCAAUUGUGCGUAGCAUGGUGCAACUGCCUAGUGCCAGCCUCCACUUGUAACCGCAAGGGAGCUCUUUGACAUUGCACAAACACAUUUUUUUGACAACUAAUUGAGUGGCAAGGCAAAUCCGUUUCUUUCUAUUCGCAA